AUGGAAAUCUACUGUAUGAAAUGCAAAAGGAAAACCACGUCUCAAGACAGUGGGGAGUAUGUCAAAACCGUUAACAACAAAUGGCGUUUAAAUACGACAUGCAAUAUUUGUGGUCAGCGUAAAGGCGCCUUCGUCAAAGUUCCAGAACCCAGUAUGGCCGCCAAGGAAGUACAUAGACCAGUGAUCAAGCACUUUCCUCGACGACGUAUUGUUACCCUAGGUAUAGACGAUCUGUGGGCCGCAGAUCUGGUUGUCAUGAGAAAGUAUGCCAGUGAGAAUAAUGGCUAUAGUUAUAUGUUAAAUGUGAUUGAUACCUUUUCAAAAUUCGCCUGGUCAGAGCCAUUGAUGACCAAACGGGGUGCAGAAGUAGCCGAAUCGUUUAUGCUCAUAUUGAAGCGAGCAAUUGACGUCAAUGGUCACACCGCUCCCAGACUGUUACACACCGAUAAGGGCAAAGAAUUUCUUAACCGUGAUUUUAAGUCAGUUUUGCAAUCGUACAACAUAAAAAUGUACCAUACUGAAAAUGAGGAAAAGAGUGCAAUCAUUGAGAGGUUCAAUCGUACGUUGAAUGAAAAAAUGAAGGUUAUAUUCGAGACUCGAAAUUAUUUUCGGUGGUUGGACAUAGUUCAAGACUUGUUACAUCAGUACAACAACAGUGUCCAUCGUACAAUUUGUAUGAAACCUGCAGAGGUUACUAAGGCGGACGUACCUAGAUUGCUUGAGAGGUUCUCCAAUAUUCCUCAUACACCUAGAAAAAUAAAAUUUCAACUAGGAGACAGAGAGAUAUCAAUAGAAUGCCAAACAAAAGCAAAGAGAUUACAGAAGAACAAGUAUGAUAAAAAGGCCAAAGAAAGAGAGUACACUGUUGGACAAAAGGAUUACCUUCAUGUACCUCAAAUAAAGAAAGGAAGAGUCAAGAAACUUUCUAGACUAUGGAAAGGCCCCUACAGGAUUGUGGAUGUUAUCUCAAGCUUGAAUGUUGUCCUGAGAAUUAAAGGGAAAAAUGUCACAGUACAUGUAAAUAGAAUUAAACCUGUAUUGGACAUGGUGCUAACACAGGAAGAAGUAGAAGAAAAUAACGAAGACAGAGCACAUGAAGCAAUGGAUACUGUGAGGGAAGAAGGAGGAGACAAUGGCGAGUUGUCCAGGCAAGCUAAUGUACCUCAGGAACCAGAACAGGCAGAAGAGCCACCUGAGUCAGAAGGCACCACUAGCGCUCCAGAUCCAACAAGCGACAGGCCCAGACGAGAAAGAAGGGUACCAAGGAGACUUGAAGACUUUGAACUUCAAUAG